AUGUGCUCCAGCCGCAAGAUCCUGUGGAGCCUUCUCCUGCUGUCCGCGGCGGAGGUGGGCCUGGGCCUGGCCAGCAUGGUGCUGGGGGCCGUGCGUGUCAGCUGGCUGCGUGGGCAGCGUGGGCAGCGUGGGCAGCACAAGCCGCACCAGGGCGACGCUUCGCCGGUGUGGAGCGGACUUUGCUUUCUGCUGUGCGGGAUCAGCGGAGUGUUGUGUGCUCGAAAGAGGAGUGGCCUUACUAUGAUUUUAUUCUCAGCAUGUUGCAUCUGUGGCCUGAUUGCCGGCAUCCUCAACUUCCAGUUUGUGCGGGCGUUGAGUAAACGACCUGACUCCAUGGAGUCCAUUCACCUGGCGGCCAUGAUUCUGGCCUGUCUGGGCAUCUCCUCGUGCACGUUGUCCACCUGGCUGACGUGUCGCCUGGCCAGCGUGGAGCAGCAGAGGAUGUUCCUGGAGCGGGAACACUCCCUGCAUCAUUCCCAGGAGAUGACGGAGAAGGUGAACCAUUUGUGUCCUUCUGAGAAGUGCGCUGGAAUAAGACCUCCAUUGUGUCUUCAACAGGACGUCCUGGACAACUCCAGCAACGCCGUGCCUCAAAUCUCCUACAACGGACACGGCAGUGCGUCGCCAUGACGACGGGACCUGCAUCUUCCCAUUGCUUGCUAAGAUAGAGACAGCAUGGCUGCAGAAUGUACAGUAAGCUCAUGUGUGAGGCCGGUUAAGAAAAAAAAGGGGGGUGGGGGGGCUUUUAACCUCCUCUGAUCAAAGCAAAGAGUGUGGAAGAAGACUGUAGUGGCUGGAAGAACAAGCACAAUACUUGAUGUCCACUUCAUGGCUUCUGUGGAAUGCAAAGUAUGACAUCACCUUCUGUGGAAUGCAAAGUAUGACAUCACCUUCUGUGGAAUGCAAAGUAUGACAUCACCUUCUGUGGAAUGCAAAGUAUGACAUCACCUUCUGUGGAAUGCAAAGUAUGACAUCACCUUCUGUGGAAUGCAAAGUAUGACAUCACCUUCUGUGGAAUGCAAAGUAUGGCAUCACCUUCUGUGGAAUGCAAAGUAUGACAUCACCUUCUGUGGAAUGCAAAGUAUGACAUCACCUUCUGUGGAAUGCAAAGUAUGACAUCACCUUCUGUGGAAUGUUUGCAUUGCUUUGGGACAAUACAUUAGGCACACCAUCCAAUCUAAUGAGAUCCCAUGCAAUGGCUGCGUUAUAAAAUGUUGAAUAAUGACACUUUACAUUCUUCCAUUUUAUACCGCUUGUCCCUUUUGGGCUCACGGGGGUCGCUGGAGCCUCUAUCAGCUGCAUUCGGGCGGAAGGCGGUGUACACCCUGAACAAGUCGCCACCUCAUCACAGGCCAUUACAAUAAUAAUAUAUUAUAGUGUAAUUGUGGGCAGCGCGGUGGGACAGGGGUUAGUGCAUGUAUGUGCCUCACAAUACAAAGGUCCUGAGUUCAAUCCCAGGUUCGGGGUCUUACUGUGUAGAGUUUGCAUGUUCUCCCCGUGACUGCGUGGAUUUCCUCCGGGUACUCCAGCUCCCUCCCACCUCCAAAGACAUGCACCUGGGGAUAGGCCCCUCCCACCUCCAAAGACGUGCACCUGGGGAUAGGCCCCUCCCACCUCCAAAGACGUGCCCCUGGGGAUAGGCCCCUCCCACCUCCGAAGACGUGCACCUGGGGAUAGGCCCCUCCCACCUCCAAAGAUGUGCCCCUGGGGAUAGGCCCCUCCCACCUCAAAAGACGUGCACCUGGGGAUAGGCCCCUCCCACCUCCAAAGACAUGCACCUGGGGAUAGGCCCCUCCCACCUCCAAAGACAUGCACCUGGGGAUAGGCCCCUCCCACCUCCAAAGACAUGCACCUGGGGAUAGGCUCCUCCCACCUCUAAAGACAAGCACCCGGGGAUAGGCCCCUCCCACCUCCAAAGACAUGCACCUGGGGAUAGGCCCCUCCCACCUCCAAAGACAUGCACCUGGGGAUAGGCCCCUCCCACCUCCAAAGACAUGCACCUGGGGAUAGGCCCCUCCCACCUCCAAAGACAUGCACCUGGGGAGAGGCCCCUCCCACCUCCAAAGACAUGCACCUGGGGUUAGGCUCCUCCCACCUCCAAAGACAUGCACCCCGCGCAUCCCUGAAAGAGACAAGUGGUAGGAAAUGGAUGGAUGGAUAGUAUAAUUGUAUUGUUAAUUUGAUCACAUCUCAUUAGAUAAAGUGCAGGUGUGCCUAAUGUCAGGCAUCCAUCCAUCCAUUUUUUUACCGCUUGUCCCUUUUGGGGUCGCUGGAGCCUAUUUCAGCUGCAUUCGGGCAGAAGGCGGGGUACACUUUGGACAAGUCGCCAUCUCAUUGCAGCAUGUUAGGCAUGUAGACAUAUUUUUAUAAUUGCCAAUAAA